CUCACUGCUACUCACUUUAUGUCGCCCUCACCACUUUCCUCCUCUUCAACACGCCUCUACACAAUGAAAUAGGACCAAAUUACAGACAUGCUAUCUACCACAUCCUCGCUCGCUCUGGCCAUCGCCAUCUAUCUACCCAUUCAACACGUCCUCCGUCAUCGACGAGAACGACAGACGGCCCGCAAGUAUGGUCACAAGUCGAGGAAAGAUCUGGCCAGGAUGACCAUGGAUGAAGCGGGGGAGAUUAUGAGGGAGCUUAUCGAGCUCGAGAUGACGGAUGCGUUUAACAUCAGUCUGGGGUAUGGGUUCUUGCAGACCCUGGCUUUCCCAGAAUCCUCAGCGUUGUUGGUUCAUACCAAACAAAUCCACAACCCGCUUCAAUCCUCUAAACGUCUCUUUGACACCUCGGUCCUCAUGACAGAGAUCGUAUCCUUCACCCCUUCUUCUCCCCGUUUCCGACAAGCUGUCUCAAGGAUCAAUUAUCUGCACUCACGGUACGGAGAUAGGAUUACCAACUCCCAGUUGAUCUACGUGUUGGGGGUGUUUGCUUGUAACCCCCAGAUCUGGGCGGAGAGGUGGGAAUGGAGGAGCAUGAAUGAGCUCGAGGUGGCGGCACUGGGGACGUUUUGGAUGGGAGUAGGGAGGAUGAUGCGGAUCGAUAUGAGGGAGAUAAAGGGGUGUGGGAAGGACGAUCCGAGGUAUUUGGGUAGGGUUUGGUCGUCUUCCUCGACAACAUCGGAACCAGAGAACGAGAUCAAUAACCACGAUCAGGACCAGGACCAAGACGAACCUAAAGACGACAACAAUAACAACCCUCCAAGCUGGGCGGACGGACUAGACUGGAUGAUAGACAUGCGAGCCUACAUGGACCUGCACGAAUCGGAAUACCUGGGGCGGAGCGAGGACACGGACGCGCUGGUGGAAGAGACCUUCCGGAUGAUGCUAGAUCCGUUGCCUAGGUGGAUAAGGGGGUGGGUGAGAAAGGUUGCGGCGGUUGGGUUUGAGGAGAGGUUUAGGAGGGCUUCUGGCGUCCCGACUCCCCCUAGAUCCAUCGAACGCUUCGUCACCUACUCUCGCCUUUUCACCAAAUACUUUAGGCUCUACCUCGGGCUACCCCGGCCUGCCUUCUUGACGCACCGAGCGAUCCCUUCCCACCCGGACCCUAUCACAAAACGUUACUCACCAGGGGCUUACGAAGCCUAUCCAUACUACGUCAAACCGACUUUUUGGAAAAGGUAUAAUCCUGUAGCCCUGUUGAGGUGGGUAUCGGGUGGGGAUCGACCGGGGGACAAGCCGGAAAAGUAUCAGCCUGAGGGGUAUAAGAUCGAAGAGCUCGGACCGCCUAGGUGGAUGGGAAAGGGGUUGGAGUGGAUGGAAGCGGAUGUCAUGAGGGGGAUGCAGGUCGUUCCCGAUGGUGGGACUUGUCCGUUUGGGUUCGGAGAUUGAGGCUGAGUCGGAGAGAAGGGAGGACGGGCCGGAGAGAUCGAAAGCGCCGAUAUAUGUAGCGGAUCGAAGUUUGGCUCGAGAUGUGUAUUUCCUUGCGACGUUGACGGAUCGUAAUUCAGACCCGAACCUGUAUUAUAGCCUAUACCCGCUUGUCUCCUUGUUUGUACGCCCGCUAUAACGAUGACCAAGAGAUGCUACCG